UCUGGGGCACGGUGAGAGCUGCUGCCCUGCUGUCCCUCCCUGCACCAAUGCUACUGUCCCCAUCCGGCUCUGGCCCAGUUGGCACAGGAUGACUGACACCAAGGUCGGGGCAGCUCAGUCCUGCUUUGCGUCACACAGGGGUCAAAGUCCCCUCCUUUUUAUGGGCCAUGAAACCAUGUUUAUGGCCCCUGCUGUUUCGAUAGCUCGGGUGUUUGGAGCCUCCUUCCCGUAAAUGCGCCAGGAGAAAUUCCAGUCAGAGCUGAGCUCAGUGCUGCCUCUCCCUGCCGUGAGCUGAUGCUCCCCGUGUGGUGGUGGGUCCCUCAUGGUCCCGGUGAGGCCCGAGGGCAGCCGUGCUGGAGCUGUGGCAGAGGGCCAGCAGGUUCUGUCCCAGGUGAACCAGAGCCUGAACAAGAAGCUGAGCAGUGUCCCCAGGCCAGGCUGGCAGAGGGCUGAGUGCUGCCUCUUCCCCAGAGAUGGACAGAGUCACCAGGCACCUGGUCUUCCAGCUCCCACAGCCCUCACACAAGCACGACUACCAUGAUGCUCACCAGGGCAGCUCAUUGGCAGAGCAGAGAGCCAACAGCGAUGAUGAUGUGUUCGGCUCUGCUCAGCGUAGCAGCCAGAGGGUGGAAUAUGGCUAUGGCUGGAAAACAAGGUCAAAGUCACCCUCAUAUUUCCUGGAGGGUGGAAAAGAUGUCUGGACCCCAUCCCCAGACAGGGAGUCCAGGCUGGAUGUGGUGAGAUCGGGGAGCCUGUACGACCUCAGGGCUUACAGAGGUGAGAGGAAGCCCUCAAAGCUCUACGAUGAGGAUGAGCAGGAACAGUACAGGGUCCCUCCACCGCACAUCUCACCUGAGAAAGCCAAGGAGCUGGAGGAUGAGAGGAGGGAGAUCAUCCGGAGCCAGGUGAUGAGGAAGAGCUCCACCACAGCUGAGCGUUGGAGCUCCAUGGAUGAGCUGAGCUCCAUAAACACUGGCACAGGCAGCUUCACUGUGUCCUUUGACAAGCCUUCCUCAGGGAGGGUAGUGACGCCAGUUGACCCUGAAAAUAUUGACACGGAGCAGAUCAACUUCUCUGCUGCUCGGCAGCAGUUCCUGAUGCUGGAGAAGACCAACCCGGGCUCUUUCUUCAGCCCAGGGCAACAGGUCUUGUCUCCAAAGCCAGAGACAAUGACAAAAGUGUCUCGGCAAGAGUGGCCUAGUCCUGAGAUGCCUAUGAAGGCUGUGAGAGGUUACGGUGAUGCCGGUGCACCCAGCCAGAGCAGGAUGGACAAGACUGUUUACCAGGUUUAUAAUGUGUCCUACAAGAUGCCUGUGAAGGAGGAGGUUUAUGCUCCUAGAAGGGCUGAUACUGGAAGGUCAUAUCCCACUGGGAAAGUAUCCAGCUUGACUAAAGGAUUUUCCAGAGAGGACCUGGACUCUGGCUUGGGUGAGAUGUACAACAAAGCCAGUGCAGGCUACACCAGCAAUGGAAGUGCAUCCAACGAGAUCUUCAAUGGCUUUGUGGAUCUGAGGACCAGCGGCAAUGGCCCAGACAAGGAGACGAAGAUCAGCAAUGAGACGCCCAUUGAGCGGGAGAUCCGCAUGGCAAUGGAGAGGGAGGAGAACCUCUGGAAGGAGAGAGGGAUCCAGCGGCUGACCUCCAGCAGUGAGAUGGUGGAGAUCCAGACCAAGCCUCUCCUCUCCAUGCACACCUCUCCCGGCCCGGGCAGGAAAGGGAAGGACAAAGCCCGUGCUUCCUUUUACGUCCAGAGGGAAAUUGAGCAGGAAACCAAGCGUGAGGAAGAUCUGAAGAGGCAAGGGAGGCUGCUGGGGACUUAUGACAGGGGGACACAGCAGGAGCUGGACGAGCGCCGGAGGGUGUUUGAGCAGGAGGAAACUCCCCCACAAAAGCCCACCCCUGUGAGGAAGGCAGAUGAGCGGCGGAGCUGGAUUAAUGAGUUUGUGGUGGAGCAGCCCACAAGCCAUGUCCCCCACCCUGUAGAAGACACCAGGGGCGGGAGAAGCAUUCCCAGCUACACGGCCAGCAUCACACACUUCCAGGUCUCCCAGCCACGCUUUGUUGCCAGUGAGAAGAGCCAGGACAAGCCCCGGGUGUCCCAGCGCAUUUUUGUGAGCGCAAGCAAACAGGAGAGUGAGGAUUCCUGGGGAGGAAGGCUUCCUGGCUCCACCCUGAGCCCCACCAGCUCAGCUCCCCUGCCCAGAGAGUACUUCUUAUUGCCCUUCUGGAAUCCCAAGUUCUCUUUUGUUGACAACAUGGGGACACAGAGCCCGCUGAGGAGGGAUGAUGGCCGGGAGGAGCAGUAUAAGCUGAGGACCUGGAAGCCCCAGACGUCGGCGCUGAUCGAGGAGGAGAUCCGGAGUGACCUGCAGAGGGAAGAGGAGCUGCAGGAGCAGCGGCGGCGGCUGCAGCUGAUCGAUGGCUACUCUGUGGUCAGCAGUGAUGGCUUUCCCCAGGAGAGCUCCCGCUCCCGGCACAGCUCCGCUGCCUCAGGUGUCAGCGGUAGCUAUUCUCCCGUCUCUACUCCUGCCCCGCACCAGGCGGGGGUCCUGGGACUGAUGUCAUCCUUCACCCCACUGCGAGUGGCCGGUCCCUCCCAGGGCAGCACUGAGACCCUCACCCCCGACUCAGCGCGUUCCAGCCCCUUCGAGGAGCGGAGGAGGAGGGUGAAGGAGGAUGGAAAGUACGCCGGCAUUGAGCCCGUUGACAAGAUCAACACGGAGGUGGUGGAAAGCACCAGAGUGAUUCGCCACAAGAGCGCGAUGGCCCAGCGCUGGGAGGCCGGGCAGUACGUCCGCGAUGACGACUGAGGGCACUGGGCAGGCUGGGCCACCAGACUUUGCCGUCUACUCGCCCUGUUUGGGACCAACUGACACACGAUCAAAGUUCCAGAUCAGCUCCUGGUUAUCAUCAGAAUCAGAGACUUGUACAUUGCAAAUUGUAUCCAAUUUUAAUGUAGCAGAUGAUCCUUCCAGUGCAUUAGAUGUGCUCAGUCCAUCCCCCUUCCCAGCCAGGUGAGGGAAUACCUUUUUGUCCUAAGAGGGGGAAAAAUUGGAUCACUUUCUUUCAAUCACUUCUGCGAGGAGACAGGGAGAUGAAAUCAUACGGUAAUUUCACUUAUUUCCCAUUGGAGGCUGUGUCUCUAGCUUACAAAAAGCUAUUUUAUUUCUAAGUGGUUUUACGUUUUUAAGUUCCACAACCUCAGGCACCACCGAGGAGAGAGCCUGGAUCAACAUCAGCAUCAAACCAGGAAAUCAACGUUUCUGCUUAACGCAUGUGAUCUGAGGAGAUGCAGCAGUAGAAUAUACAUUAUAUAUAUAUAUAUAUAUAUAAAAGCUGUUUACUUUGCUAAUUUAUUAAAGAGUCCUUGCUCUCCCCCAA